UCACCGCGCUUCUCCCCUUCACGGUUCGGGUUCGUACUGUCAUUGACCAUCCUAAGCCUUUGAAAUAGUUUGUUGUUGGGUCUUCCACGUCAAAUACAUUCGCACCCGUCAUAUCCCGACUGGAACCUUCAGCAGUCAUGUACCGACUCUCAAGCGUAAGCCGCUCCUGCUACCUGUGGCCACCAUCAGUGCUCAUGCUUACAUCCUGGCCCCCUACUCUUGCGUCGAUGGCGGCCGAUUACCCGGACAUUCUUUCCCACCAUUCAUGUCCCGUUCAAAUCCGAUGGGGUACUUGUCAAUACUCGCGCCAUCCUGCAUCUACCGAUCCUACCAUCUCAUUUGUGUUACAAACUCUUGAAUACCCGAACAAUCCUGUCUCCUUAUAUCUGUUCGCUUCGUCCAACUCCGCAAUUUUCCCAUUCUUGGUCUUGAGACUUUCCUAGCGCAAGGCAGUUUUUUUUCGAAAGGCUCGCCACUUACCACCAUCUCAGCGAGCCUUCUCGCGCGCGAUUCGGCUGAUGGUGAGUUCACACUCUACGA